AUGUUGAAAACAGCCGUGGUCCUCGUGAUUUUCGCGACGAUCUCCGAACAGUUUUCCGAUUUUCGCAUUCCGAUUAAUACAGUGCUUUGUAGUAUUCUCCAAAAUGUAGGUUCUAAGUUGCACUUCAAAAUGUGCAUUCUCAUUUUUUCAGGCGAAAUGUGAAUGGAAACAGGAUUGGUCGAGAGCUGAAGGCGUCCGGAGGGAACUGGACGCCGGAAAACCACCAGUUCAAUUCUAUUAUUUUUGCAACGGAAACCGGACGGAAAAGUGCGGAGUUUGGCUUGAUGAGGUCAGUUCAUCACUGGAGAGAGAGAUCCGACUUAUCCAAUUUAUUUAUAGAACAAAGAACCGAUCGCGGGGCACGUCGGCACUUCUGAUCGGCUGAUCGGCGACACAUUCGUCAUCGAAAAAAUGUCGAUUCAGAUCCUCGGACGCUAUGUGAAAAUACCCGAAGAGAAGGGUGACAAGAAGUUAUUAAUUGAAUAGAAAUCUAUUUCGAUUUGAUUGUGUGUAUAUAACCGUGACAACUUACUAUGAACUGAAUUCUUCCUUGUCUUCUCUUAUUACAAAUGACCUCAACAGAAGAAUUGGUAUAAAAUGGGAACAGAGAGGAAGGAAAUGUGUUUGGCGAAAUGAGAAUCAUUCUGUUUUGUUUCCUGCUAUUCCCACUAUCAGCAGUUUCUGCCUCCAGCCAAUUCAUCUCUUCUAUCCAUGUAAGAUCAUUAAGCGAGUCAACUGGAUUUCCAGGAAAAUGAGACUUACAAAAGAAUCGAUAUCUUUCCAGAGUCACUUCAAAGAAAGCUGAACAAGUCGCAGAAAGUUCAAAUUUGGUUCUUUUGCGAGCGGACGAAAGACCAAAAGAAGUGUGGCUACUGGAGUGACGAAGCAAGUGUGUAAAGUAGUCUCACACCUUCAAAGAUUGUUUGAUUUCAGAAAGGCAACAGGAUUGA